AUGAUUAAUAAUCUACCAACUAAAGACAUUGCAUUCAACAAAUCGAACACUUGUCGUUUCGAUAAUGAAUUGUUUCGUUAUUUGAUUGUUCUUCGAAAUGAAAUUCAAUUUGAUACAUAUGAAGAAGAAGAAUAUCGAACAAGUUGGACAGAUUCAGUAGCUGAAUCGAAUCGUCUUUUUAAACGGAUUUUUGAAGAACUGAAAUCUUAUCUUUAUACUGAAUGGCAAUCCAUUGAACAUAUACAAAUUAAAAUCAACCAAAUGAUUCGUCCAACGUCAGAAACAAUAUAA